GUCCCGGCGCAAAAUAAACUGCCACAUAUGCCACGUCAGCACACCCGCCAACUCACACUGCUCCCUCCCCGCGCCGCGGUGCGGUGAGCUUAAUUUAAAUAAAACCCCCACCCCCUCGCGAUGCCUCAUCUCCCUCUCCCUCUCCCUCUCCCUCUCCCUUACCAACCACUCUUUCCAAUGGCGACGCAGCCCCAUUGCGAGAGGCGCCACGCUCCUCUUCAUUCUCCCCUUCCCCUUCCCCUUCCCCGAUCCUCGCGCCCGCGCAAACCCUCCUUCGCCGCCUCCCUCCUCGACGCCAUCUACCGCUCCCUCGACGCCGACCCCCCCGCCGCCGCCGCCGCCGCCGUUCCAGAUUCCGAUCCCGAUCCGAGGAAGAAGAAGAAGACGACGACCACCACCCCGACCCAUUUGGCCCCGAUCGCCGCCGAGGCGUGGCCCCGCCCCAGCUCCGCCUCCUCCUCCGCCGCCCCCUCCGACUCCUCCAGCUUCGGCUUCUCCUCCGACGCCGAGCCCCCCCGCCCCCGGCCACCGGCUCCCCGCCGCGCCCCGACCCGCCCCGAUCCGCCCCCGCCGACCCCGCCGCGGCCCAAGCCCGCCAAGCCCGCCAAGCCGGGCUCGAUCCGGAGCCGGAUCCGCGAGUUCCGGAAGGGGCGGGGCGGAGCGCCGCUCUCGUGCCUCCUCCGGGCGAUCCUCUCCUCCGCCGGGAUCGCGCGGAAGCACAAGCCCAGGGCGCCGCCGCCACCGCCGCCGCCGCCGCCGCCGCCGCAGAGCAGGCCUGUGCGGUUGGGCGCCGUGAGCGUGGCGGGGGCGGAGGCGGAGGCGCGCGUCCCCGGCGACGCCGAUCUGGCGGCGGCGGAGGCGAGGAGGAGGAGGGUGGAGGAGCUGAUGAGGGUGAUGAGGACGAUGAGGACGAUGAGGUCGAUGAGGUCGGAGGAGGAGGAGGAGGACGAUGAGCGGAGUAGCGAUUCGAGCUCGGAUCUCUUCGAACUUGGGAUCGCCUGCGACGAGCUACCAGUGUACGAGACCACUCAUCCCACCGCCAUUAAUCGAUCUAGCGUCCGUACCUAAAUUAAUUUAGUUUACUUUACUUUUCCUAUAUAUUCAACACAAAGUGG